AUGACGACGACACAAUUUUUAGUUAUCGGUAUUCCAGUUGCCGAGAGAAAAACUGACUACAUUAUAUCAACGCUUUCUUCCUUGUUUGGGAAAUUAGACGGAUUAUCACAGAGAAACUUAAAUGUCACUGAACGAAAUUACAGGAGAGAGAUCUUGUUUCUUGUUAUGUUUGCUACAAUGCAAAUCUCAUCCACUUUCGUGCGGAAUAAAACCGCGGAAAUUCAAGAGAAAUUUGCAAGCGAAAUUACAAGCGGUAUGCUCCAGGUAUGUGACAUUUUUAUGCCACUUGAUAUUUUUGCCUCGAAUUUUUGCUUUUUUGAUUUUUUGUUGGUUUUAAUUCACGAAAAAUACCAUGAUUAG